CUUCACGGAGAUCCUCCGGCGUCUCGGCCCUGAGAAGGUCGACCCCUCGCGGCUCUACGUGGCCGGCUCCUCGCAGGGCGCGGUGGGUGCGUGGGGCAUGGCGGUCAAGUACGGCAGCAUGAUCGCCGCCUGCCAGCCCAUGGGCGGCAGGUGCGAGUGGCCCAGCAAUUCGUGGCCCAGCGACUCCUCGUCGCCCACGGAUGAGGCCAUGCAGAACCUGAAGCUGUGCCCGCUCCGCUGCUCCCACUGCAGCACGGACUCGUACGCCCCCCCGCCGAAGCACGACAUGGAGUCCCUGACCUACUACGCCGCGGAGGAGCGGAGCUACGACAUCUCGCCCUUCGGUUGGGACAUGGUCACGAAGAUGGACACCACCGUGAAGAAGUGGGUCUGGAAGGACACCAGGAACCCCUUCGAGCUGUUCUGGGUGAAGGGCCCCAUGGCGGAUAACUGCCCCAUGUGGCCCGGCCUGGACAACCACCUCGUCUGGUUCCGGAUCAUCUCCAACCCCCUGUGGGGGUUCACCGCGUUCUUCUCCGAGCACACCGUCCCGGAGGAGCGCCAGUGGCGCUUCGACUCGGAGCCCGUGAAGGUCGACACGUCGGCGCACCGGGCGAUGCUGGCGCAGAUGGGGUACUGGGACAAGCCCGAGCCCACGCCUCCCGAGAUGAGCUGGCUGGCCAGCCAGCCAGCGACCUCCGCGGCGUGGCGGGAGCCCGCCGCCGGCGGGCCAGCGACGGCGGUGAAGGCCUUCCAGAGGCACCUCGGGGCGACCCUGCAGGGCGUCGCGCAGGGCCAGGAGCUGGGGGUCUCCCUGCAGGUCAGCAUCCCAGUGCCCCCCGAGGCGGUGCAGUUCCACGUCGUGGCCGGCAGGCCCUGGGACAAGUCCGCACUGUGCAAGCUGCGACCCGGCCUCCCAGUGCUGGCGCUGAAGAUUCGGGCCGCGGAGCUGAUCUACAUGGACGCCAAGAAGGCGAACACCUUCGAGGUCGGCCUCAGGCCGAACCCGAAGCCUGGCGAGAAGUCCCAGCCUGUCACCCCGCUGCCGAUCGACACGCCCCUGACCGAGGACCUCCUGGAGUUCGACGCAUGCCUGGAGGACAAGAAGGCCUCCGCUCCGCCGCCGACGCUGCAGGCGACCGACUCCUCCAUGAUGAAGCUCAUGGUGCUGCUGGCGCACCACGAGGACGAUAAAAGACCACGAGCUGGAGGGCUACCGACCGACGAUCCACACCUCAAGAGGGGCACAAAGGUCAUGGAGCUGAAGAGGGCGAUCGCCGACAUCACUGGCAGGAGCGUCGACGACUUCGGCAUCAGCCCGGCCACCGCGUUCCCGGAGAACGACAGGGAGGAGCAGGGCGUGAUCAAGUACCCCCCCAGGACGACGCCGUGCUGACCGAGGAGAACUGGCUCCUGCAGGUCUGCGACCUCGGCUUGGCGAUCACCUUGGACCUCGGCGGGGUCGACAAGGAAAUGGACAUCGACAAGGGCACCGCGGUGAGGAGAAGCUGAAGUGGAUCCUCGCCAACGGCAACGAGAAGAAGGCUCGCAACUACAGGCUGGCCCUCGUCCCGAAGGAUUCGGAAUCGGACGGGGAGAAGCCCCAGCCGCUGCCGGACGACCUCGUGCUGACCGAGUCGCACUCGCGGCUCAUGCUCUGCUGAGGGGGCCGAGAGGGCCGCUGGCGCCGCCAGCAGCCCCGCGCCGCAGCGCUGGGGCCCUUUGGCGCGCCCGGCCGGGAGGAGGGCCGUGUCUGGCGAGGAGUGGCGGCGAGGGGAUGCUCAAUGAUGAGAUUGUUAGAGUGUCCAUUGUCAGGUUAUCCACAACCAUACUGGCCGCGCACGGUGGCGGUCCGCUCGCCUGUGCCGGCCAGGGUGCUCUUCUAGAGGAGCCGCAUGUUUUUCUUGGCAGGGCCAAUGCUCCCCCCUCUCCCCGACAGGGACGUCCCCGUCCUCCUCGCCCCCCCCCUCCGCCUCUGGCACUUCUGGGCUUCUGCACUGCGCGUGUAGCUUUUUCCCUGGGGCCCGCCACUGUCCGCUGAGCGCCUUCGCUGGGGCCCAGCGGCCACCCUCCACUCCGUUCUUUACCCGGCAAUUCACUCCCCCUGGUGCGUUCGCCACCGGUAGCCAUUAGGAGGCUUGACCGCGCGCGCGAGGCUCCGACCCGACAUACUGUCGGGCGCCCGCAUCGCGUGCGGGCUCGCUGGCUUCGGGGUCAGGUGUGGCAUCGGGGGGCUCUCCCGCGCAUCGCGCCUCACCAGGUAGGGCCUCCUCGUGGCCGGCGCGAGCGCCGGUGCCCGGUGCACUGCUCUUGAGGCCAGCACGGCCUUCACCGGCGUCGGCGCGCGCGUCAGCUGCCGGCCCGAUCCUUCUCGGCGUUGCCUUUUUUUACACCCACCUUUUGUGGCCCGCCCUGCUCCACGCUGUAAACGAACCAG